AGUUAAGUAGGUAGAAAGUAUCUGUGGUCCUGUUACACAGUCGGAAGUCCUGGUAGCCUCUAACUCCUUACUCCCCUGACACUGCGGACUGCAAGUGAGGUCAGAAAUAUUCUGAUUCAAUGACACGCUUCUCCGUACAUCGUCGAAGACAAUUGUAAUUUGACAGGGGAAACUAUCGAUGUUCUGUGGGGAACUGGAUGGAUAAUUAAGUGAUCUUCUGACGUAGAUUUUGAAUUGACUUAAACUAUAUAACUUUCAGAAAUUGUUUCUAUUUUGCAGUUAAAGGGAUAUCGUUUACUUAAUUUUUGUUGAAGAACAGACAAAAUGAUAUACAAAACGAUAUUAGACAGGUAUCGGGGGUUGUUUUUGAUAUACGUUUUACAUCUUUACCUUCCAACAACUUCGGGAUUCCAGUCCGUUUUAAGGUUUUGCAAUGAAACGUCUUCGUUAUCCUUCAAAACGCAAUGUGUUUCUUGUUCUAAUAACGCGAACGUGGACUGUCCGUCCGGAUCGCGCAAACUUACCCAACACCGAGGAACAUCAGACUGUACAUAUCCGAUAUAUAUGAUGGGCAUAGAAAUAGACUUUGGGGGAUGCCGGCAUACAUGUCAGGAGAUUGUGGAGCUUCCGCGAUGCUGUGAGGGAUACUGGGGACAAAACUGUGACCGAUGCCCGGGGGGACAUGGUCUGGUAUGCUCGGGUCACGGAGAAUGUAACGACACCAUGGAUGGUACGGGUACCUGUCAGUGUCAUGAUGAUUUCUCAGGUUACGGGUGUGAAAGAUGUGCUAACGAAACCCUAUACGGAUCGAGGUGUGAGGAAGUGUGUGACUGUGUGAACGGGACGUGUGACGGAGGAUGGAUCUAUGGUACAGGCAGUUGUGACUGCGAGUCCGGGUACGAGGGGCCGCGAUGUGACCAAUGGAUUGAGAAAUGCUCCAAUUUAACUUGCGAUGAGAACUCAAGAUGUGCGAAUGUCUUUGGUUACGUCAUGUGUUCCUGCAACCAUGGUUACGAAAAGACGCCCCCUAACGAUACCUGCAAAGCAAUUAACGGCUGUUUGAGAAGCCCACUUUGUCAUGACAAUGCCACGUGUACAUCGACCGGGCCAAUGACAUACAACUGCACGUGCAUUGGCGGUUACCAAGGAGAUGGUUAUGCCUGUGACCCUAUUGAUCCAUGUCAGACGGAAAACGGUGGCUGCGUCCAAAACUCGUCGCUGUGUGUUUAUACUGGACCGGGCCAGAGCGAGUGUCGUUGCAGACCAGGUUAUGAGGGAUACAGAGACGGUUUUGGUUGUAAUCUCAUAGAUGUAUGUGUGUUGAACUCGAGUCAUUGUCACGAACACGCCACUUGUCUGACGACAGGCCCACAACAGUUCAAAUGUGUUUGCAAAGACGGUUAUGGAGGCGACGGAAUUGAAUGCUUUGCUAAUAUUGUUGACCGAGUGAGGGAACUGAACGCAGGGGAGCCGUCACUGAUGAACAAGCUGACGCUAGCAACACAGUUGCUGGACAAGGUCUACUCAUCCGAGCUGAGAAAUCACGGCCCCUUCACACUCUUUCUUCCAACAGAUUCAGGAUUUCGAACGAUACAGAAUUUCUUGGACUUUCUGAACAAUACUGAUCUUGCCCGCCAAAUUCUUCGUCAACAUAUCGUGAUUGGGGUACUGACAAUUGAAGAUCUGCAGAACAGUGACGUAUUCUACACACUUCAGGGGGUACCAGCUCAGAUCAUGGUCCGGCUGAAAAGACUAGAUGUUCAGUACCGCUAUAAGCUGCACGGGUCGGCUGUUCGGGCCCUGCUGGUGAAGUCGGACAUUAGGGCGGCGAACGGCAUUAUUCACGUCGUAGCAAAGAUGCUCACGAACGAUCCAAUGAUAGCAGGUAACUCAAAGAAAUCGAUAAUGACGUUAAUUAAAGAAGAGGGUCGGUACAAUAGACUGCAGAUGUUGAUAGCGGCGGCAGAUAUGGAGCAGGAGUUUGAAGCUGACAACAUUACAGUGGUCGUGUGUUCAAACAACGCUUGGGACGUUCUACCUGUUGGCACUUUAGAUUACUUCAUGUCAGACCAGGGAAAAGACCAAUUGAGGAUCGUGUUGCGUCAUCACAUAUUCGAGGGAGUGAUAGAGAUUGCUGAGCUGAUAAAUAAACAGCGAAUCCUGUCCAAGGCAAAUACUCACGUCUCCGUCCAGAUCACUACAGUGGGAGCUGUGAUGUUGGAUGAAGCAGUCAGAGUUGUACAAGCAGACAUACCAGCAAAAAAUGGACUUUACCAUCAUUUAGAUAAACUUCUUUUACCAUCUGAUAUUUAUAAUUUCUUACCUCAUCGAUGCAACGAAAACAUCCAUAAGGAAGUGACGGGCCCAUGCAGUAGCUGUGAUAAUGUUGACGAGAGCUGUUCAGAUACAGAUGUAGCUGUCAGGGUGGAGAGUUGCACAUUCCGUCAAGUUGAUAAUGACAUGAUAAGAAACACUGCCGGCUGUGCCACAGUAUGCAACCGGACAAUCGUGAAUGAAGGAUGUUGUGAGGGUUUCCAUGGCGACGAGUGUCAGCCUUGUCCAGGUGGAUUUGUAAACCCAUGUAACGGCAACGGAAAGUGUACAGAGUCGGGCACAUGCGCGUGCUACAGUGGAUUCACAGGCAAUGCAUGCGAGCAGUGUGAAAUAGAAGACAGAUUUGGAGAAAACUGUACGCAACCGUGUACUUGCCUCAGGGGUCACUGUGAUAAUGGAAUCAAAGGUACCGGCAUAUGCAAGAGAGGAACGUGUUCUUCGGGCGCAAGGGGAAAAAACUGCGACAAAAUUCUGAGGAAAUGUUCCAGGGGAAUUGUCCGAAGAAAAUUAUGUCAUGUACACGCCUAUUGUUUUACGGGGUCGAUGACUAACAACUCGGAUGAAAUCGGAUGUACCUGUAUGGGUGGCUUUGAGGGAGAUGGUCACACAACAUGCUCUCCUAUUAACCCCUGUAAGCAGCCCUCGAGGGGAGGGUGUGACCCUCAGGCCACUUGUAAGUACCUCCUGCCUGGAUUAAGUAACUGUCGGUGUGACGAGGGCUGGGUUGGGACGGGCAAGUAUUGCCACCGCGGCACGGAGUGUGACACCCACCGGGACUGUCAUGAGCACGCAGUGUGUCGCUUGAAGGUGCCAGAUAUGAAGACUUUAUGUAGCUGUAAAAUGAACUUUCAUGGAAAUGGAACCCAUUGCGUACCUGACAAUAUGUGCCGAUGGAACAUGGGCGGCUGUGACCCAAAGGCUGACUGUUCCCCGACUGGACCUGGUACAAACAACUGUACAUGUUGGGAUGGCUACAUAGGCGACGGAUAUGGCUGCUCUCCUACCAUUCUAAAAUUCAUCGAGGAAACACCAGAGCUGAGUAAACUAGCCGAGCUAAUACAGGGCAUGCCGAGAGAUGACAACAUCCUGCUAUCUUUCACAGACCAGUACACACUGUUCGCUCCAUCCAACGAGGCCAUGACCAUCCUGCUGUCACGAAUAUCGUCCGGUUACUGGGAAAACCCUGAACAUGUGUUAGCUUUCCUCUUGUCACACAUGCUGGUUGGGGUGAAAAAUACACAGGAACUUCUGGAAACAGUGGAGGGAUAUGACAAGGUCGAAACACUUUUUGACGGUUUUUACUUACACAUCUACAAUGUUAACGAUACCCUUUUCAUCUCUGGGAAUAGAACAUCUAAAAUGAUGUCCCAAAUAUUGGAAUCCCAUGAAACGGCGAAUGGCUACGUGCACAUAGUUGAUAGGGCCAUCGAGACAUUUUUCAAUCCUGAAGAAGCUCCUGAUUUGAGGACGUUUUUUUCUCAGCAUCCGCAGUACUCACGUUUCGGCAGUUUACUGGAGAAGAAACAGUUAAUGGACGAUCUGAUGGAUAUGAAUGCCUACACGCUGUUUGUCCCUAACAACGACUUAUUGAACAAAUAUUACAACGACGAAAUCGUGAGUCGAGCAUUUCUUCGUUUCUAUCUGAUGUCGAACAUCCGCCUUACAGAAUCGUUUGAUGAUGGGGAAAGAUUGGAUACCGUGCUUGGGUCUGAUCACCAAAUCAGCUUCCACGUGAGAGGUGACUUGGUGUUUGUUAACGGAGUAUUGAUUACUGAGCCUGAUGUGUUAACUAUGGGAGGCGUGGUUCAUGGGAUAAACGGUCUGCUCAUUCCAACCCUUCACCGAUGUGACAUCAUCAACACCACUAUCGCAUACGGGGAGUGUCAGACAUGUGGGCGUGGCGCGCUUCGCUGUCCCGAGGGCUACGAAAAGGCAACAAAUGGUCAGCUAAUAAACAGAUGCUUUUAUCUGGGCAGGUUCGGACGUAACUAUGGCUGUCAACGUGUCUGUGAGAAAACUGAAUUCACUAAACGAUGUUGUGCUAAUUAUUAUAGUUCUAAUUGUCUCGAAUGUCCCGGAGGUCCGGACUUUCCAUGUAACCACAAUGGCGACUGUUACGACGGUAUUGACGGUAAUGGUACCUGCUUGUGUUACCCUGGGUACAGUGGAAACGCCUGUCAGCUCUGUGAGGUUAACGACACUGUCCAAGCGUGUGGUCGGAGUUGUAGCUUUAACCACGGUGGAUGUAGUCAGAAUGCGGACUGCAACGACUUCUCGGGAACCACCACUUGUACAUGUAAGUCGGGUUACAUUGGAGACGGCAGUACCUGUGACGAGGUUUGUUUUGUCGACAAUGGAGGAUGUCAUCAUAAUGCCACCUGUCAGUUUCUGACAACUACCAGAUAUCUCAAUUGCACAUGCGCAGAAGGUAUGGAUGGGGACGGCCGUACUUGUUAUUACCAGCCACCUGAAAAAAAUCCUUUAAAGAGUAAAAGCCAGACGGGUAUGUUUGUUGGCGUAACAGUUGCUGUGCUUGCUGUUAUGCUUCUAAUCAGCGUGGCCUUGUUCUUCUACCUGAAGAUGAAACGAGAUUCCUCUGGGUUCCUUGAGGUUUGGAGUAAAGUGAGACGGAAUUCUGACAGUAGCUGUGCCCAGCUUCACACCAACUCUGAUGACGAAACCAAUGUAGCACAACCUCUUUCCCCAGCUGACGUCAACUUUGACAACCCACUCUAUAACGUCAGCGACAACUUCUAAAGUAUGUUGGUUGUACAAGACUUGCUGAAUACUGGAUAGAAAUAAUCCGAAUGGAAGUGAUAUACACCAGUAUGUGUGUUGCCUUAUCGUAUAGAGGCCGGUGCCUUUCAGGCAAUGCAAACUUGUUGAACUUUCAAAUUUGUUUGUGUGCAUCAAAUUGUGGAAAUAUUGUACCUGCAGCUGUUUACUGAUAAUCCUUCAUUUUCCUAUACAUAAGCAACAUAAAAUCAGUGCUGGGAAUGCGACUUCAACAUUUGAAAUGUGUUGCUUCCCUGUCGGUACGUUGUCGUGAUAAACAUUACAAACGCCUUAUUUUCCAUAAUUAUAGAAUAAUUGAUCAUUCCUUUAAUCACUACUUAUAUAUACAUAUAUCGUCAGAUUAAGAUAACAUAUCUUUUGAAAUCCUUUUUUACUUUUGUAAUAAACAGAAAAUACGAAUGUUUUAUUGUAUAUUUGUUGUUUAUAUCCAUAUCAUCUAAAGAC